UUCAGGAUCUUUACGCCUUUCGAAUUCUGGCAACACUGCACACGAAGCCGGCAGAAUGCAGUGGAUUAAAUUAUUAAUUUAUUUAAUUUCAAGCUUAAUAUUAAAGACAAACGCCCAGUUUGAGCGAGAUCCUAAUGGCUAUAUUGCCUAUUGUCCCUGUAUGGGACGCUUUGGCAACCAGGCGGAUCAUUUUCUGGGCUCCUUGGCCUUUGCUCGCGCUCUAAAUCGCACGCUUAUAUUGCCGCCAUGGGUGGAGUAUCGCAAGGGUGAAUUGCGCUCUCGACAGGUGCCAUUCGACACAUACUUUGAGGUAGAGCCGCUGCAGGAGUUUCAUCGCGUCAUACUCAUGUCGGACUUUAUGAGCCACCUGGCUGACGAGGUGUGGCCCGCCUCGGAGCGCGUAUCCUUCUGUUAUAUGGAGCGAAAGAGCUUGCAGCAGGAGAAGAACGAUCCGAAUGCGCCCAACUGUCAUGCCAAGGAUGGAAAUCCAUUUGGUCCAUUCUGGGACACGUACAAUAUUGACUUUGUGGCCUCCGAGUUCUAUGGUCCACUGCAUUUUGAUGUACACCACAGUGCCAUAGCCACCAAAUGGCAGCAGAGCUAUACGGCCGAUAAGUGGCCCGUACUAGCAUUUACCGGCGCGCCCGCCAGUUUUCCUGUGCAACUCGAGAACCGCGUAUUGCAAAAGUACUUAAAGUGGAGUCCACGGUAUAGAGAAGCAGCUCGUGAAUUUAUACGCAAUGUUCUGCCGCGCGGCGCUUUUGUUGGCCUGCAUUUGCGCAAUGGCAUCGAUUGGGUGCGCGCAUGCGAGCAUAUCAAGGACAGUCAACAGCUCUUCGCAUCGCCGCAGUGCCUGGGCUAUAAGAAUGAGCGCGGCGAGCUGUACACGGAACUGUGCAUGCCCACCAAGGAGGCAAUUGUGCGGCAGCUAAAGCGCAUAAUUAAAAAUGUGCGUCAAUCGCAACCGAAGAACGAGGUGAAAUCCGUUUUUGUGGCAUCCGAUGCGAAUCAUAUGAUAAGCGAGCUAAGCAACGCGCUCAGUCGCAUGGAUAUCAGCGUGCACAAGUUGCCCGAAGAUGAUCCCUAUCUUGAUUUGGCCAUAUUGGGGCAAUCGAAUCAUUUUAUUGGCAACUGCAUAUCUUCGUACAGCGCAUUCGUUAAACGUGAGCGGGACACUCACGGAUUCCCCUCGUAUUUCUGGUCUUUUCCUAAAGAAAAGGAACGCCAACAGUCCAAGCCCCAUGAGGAGCUAUGAAGCCUGACAAUCUCUAACAAUUCUCAAAAAAGCUUAGCAUAUUUAGUAUUAAGCUAGAAAGUAUUUCCCA